GAGAGAGAGAGAGAGAGAGAGAGAAAUGGCGCCUCGAUGCUGCGCUCACUGAGGCAGUGUUUGGAGCCGGUUAGGGAGAUUCAGUAAGGGCAGACAAAAGGAAAAAACAUGGUGAACACAAGGAAAAGCUCACGGCCAGGGAGCGGCCCCUUCAUCUCCUCGAGGACUAGGUCGUCGUCGAGAAACGAGCGAAACUCUGAGGAACAUCAGAAGGAGCCCAGUAGUGAUGUGAGCAGUCCCAGCAGUCCCUGGUUGGCCCCCCCUUCCAAGCGGACACGGCGGCAGACUGCAUCUGAGCCCAGCUCCAGCGACACCUCCCCAUCCCCUCAAACUAAGAGCCAGAGGGUCAGCUGGGACAUUCCCACUUACCGCACCAGGCUGUCGUCUCGCAUAAUGCAAAAUGGGCACGCCCAUAUGAAUCACCGGAAUGAGGAGAGUGGAGGUGGAGAUCACUCUCACAUGAAUGGCCAUGUGGAGCUGAAGAGGAGCUGCCGGGUGAGGAAGAGCCAAUUUGAACACCUCAAUCAGAGCCUGCUGUUCGACCAGCUGGUCAACAGCACUGCUGAGGCUGUCCUUCAGGAGAUGGACAACAUCAGCAGCAUCAGACAGAACCGUGAGGUUGAGCGACUUCGCAUGUGGACUGGAGACACUGAGGAGGAAAACAUGGACAUGUAUUCCCGGGUGAAACGCAGGAAAUCCAUGCGCAGGAGCACUUUCAGCAUGCCCACACACCACAAAGUCAUAAGCAAAACGGAGCAGGAGGAGGAAGAGGAGGAAGGGACUGAAGAAUCUCACGGUGAGGAAGAGGAGGAUGCAGAAGAUGAUGAUGAAGACGACGAAGGGGAUGAAGCGGAAGAGGCAGGGGAGGAAAAUGACAGGCCCUACAACCUGAGGCAGCGUAAAACGGUGCAGAGAUAUGAGGCACCACCUAUUGAGCCUGUGAACAGAAAACAGAGCAACCCCUCACUUUUUGACACCCACAGAUCCCCAGCUAGAAGAAGCCAUAUAAGAGUGAAGAAACAUGCCAUUCACAGCAGUGACACCACCUCGUCUUCUGAUGAAGAGCGUUUCGAGCGGAGAAAAAGCAAGAGCAUGACCCGGGCAAGAAACAGAUGUUUGCCCAUGAACUUGACUGCAGAAGACCUGGCUAGUGGAGUGCUGCGUGAUCGGGUCAAAGUGGGUGCCAGCUUGGCUGACGUGGAUCCCAUGAACCUUGAUAACACUGUGAAGUUUGACAGUGUAGGUGGCCUCAGUAAUCACAUUCAGUCAUUAAAGGAGAUGGUAGUGUUCCCCCUGCUUUACCCAGAGAUCUUUGAGAAAUUCAGGAUUCAACCUCCCAGAGGGUGUUUGUUUUAUGGCCCACCAGGGACGGGAAAGACCCUGGUUGCACGGGCACUUGCCAACGAGUGUAGCCAGGAAGACAGGAAGGUUUCCUUCUUCAUGAGGAAAGGAGCCGACUGCCUCAGCAAAUGGGUCGGCGAAUCCGAACGCCAGCUACGCCUGCUCUUCGACCAGGCGUACCUAAUGAGGCCAUCCAUUAUUUUCUUUGAUGAAAUUGAUGGUUUGGCUCCUGUUCGCUCCAGCAGGCAGGACCAGAUACACAGUUCUAUUGUGUCCACUCUGCUGGCCUUGAUGGACGGCUUGGACAGUCGUGGGGAGAUAGUUGUCAUUGGUGCUACAAACAGACUUGACUCUAUCGACCCGGCACUCAGGAGGCCUGGACGCUUUGACCGGGAGUUUCUGUUCAACCUGCCCGACAAGAAGGCCAGAAAGCACAUCUUGGAGAUUCACACACGGGACUGGAAUCCCAAAUUGGCUGAGCCAUUUGUAGAUGAGCUUGCAGAAAAAUGUGUCGGCUACUGCGGUGCUGACAUCAAAUCACUUUGCACAGAGGCAGCCUUGGUGGCGCUGCGUCGCCGCUACCCUCAGAUCUACAGCAGCAGUGUUAAACUGAAGCUGGAUGUCACCUCCAUCGUCCUGGGGCCUGGCGACUUCAGCAAGGCCAUGAGGACAAUCGUCCCAGCCUCCCAGAGGGCCCUGGCUCCCCCAGGCCGAGCCCUGUCCCCCACCCUCAGGCCCCUGCUGGCUAGCUCUUUCUCCUUGGUGCUGAAAGCUCUGCUCCGAGUCUUCCCCCAUGCUCAGUGUACUGACAGGGACAACGCUCACGGCGGUGACAAUCAACUGCUUGAAGAGGACUUGUACAGCGACGAUGACAAUGAGGAAGGCUCUGCUUCCAUCUAUGAAGUCGAGCCUGCUGUAUCCCCAAAGAGUCAGCUCUCUUCUUCUGCAAUGCACAGACCCUUCCUUCAUUUCUCCUCCUCUGCCCUCAAACAGCCCACAGCAUACCGGCCUCGACUGCUGUUGGCUGGGGCCCCGGGCUCAGGACAGAGCUCCCACUUGGCCCCUGCCUUGCUGCACCACCUGGACAAGUUGCCAGUGCACCGCCUGGACUUGCCCACUCUCUACUCCGUCAGCGCUAAGACGCCAGAGGAGUCCUGUGCUCAGGUUUUCCGUGAGGCCUGCCGGAGCAUGCCCAGCGUGGUAUUCAUGCCACAUAUCUCAGAGUGGUGGGAGACGGUGGGUGACACUGUGAAGAGCACCUUCCUCACCCUGCUGCAGGAUGUGCCCUCUUUCAGCCCUGUGCUUAUCCUUGCCACUGCUGAGACUCACUACUUGCAGCUGUCAGAAGAGGUGAGAAGUAUAUUCCAGAAGACCUAUGGGGAGGUAGUAACCCUGUGCCCUCCAGGAGACGAGGACAGGAGAAACUUCUUCUCUGACCUGCUGCUGGUCCAAGCAGCCAGGGCUCCACCACGCCUCAGGAAUGCAGCAGAAAGGUGUGACGAGGUACUGCCAGUGGCAGAGGCUCCAGGCCCCAGAGCCUUGUCAGCAGAGGAACAGCGCCGCCAGGUUGAACAGGAGGAGAACACAUUACGGGAGCUCAGGCUCUUUCUCAGGGACGUGACCAAGCGCCUGGCCACUGACAAACGUUUUAACAUCUUCAGCAAGCCAGUUGACAUUGAGGAGGUGUCAGACUACCUUGAAGUGAUUCGGCAGCCUAUGGACCUGUCCACUGUCAUGACCAAGAUUGACACCCACAAAUACCUGACAGCGAAAGACUUCCUGGUGGAUAUUGACCUCAUCUGCAGCAAUGCAUUAGAAUACAAUCCUGACAAGGACCCUGGAGACAAGGUAAUCAGGCACCGAGCAUGCAGUUUAAAGGACACAGCCCAUGCUAUGUUUGCUGCUGAGCUGGAUCCCGAGUUCGACCGCAUGUGUGAAGAGAUCAAGGAGGCGCGCCGGAAGAGAAACCUCCAGACGCCAGCUCAGCUGACUGCAGCUCCAGGCGCUGUGGCAACCAGAAAGCACCACACUGCAGGAGAGGAGCAGAGCAGGAGCAGCACUCAGGGCGAGGCCACUGAAAAACAGUGCACCACUAAUCAUAUUAAGCGGAAGAUUCGCCGGCGGCCAUCUUGGGGGCGGGGCAUCAUUCGUAAGAAGAAAAACUACAAGAAAGGAAUAGAAGAGGAGGAGGAGGAUGAACCCGAGGCAGAAGUGGAAGCUGCAGGGCCCAGUGACUCAUGUUUGACGCAGGAUGAGGAAUCAUCUUGUGAUACCACAGGUCCGCAGCCCAAUGGUCACCAUCCCCAUGCCCCCUCCACAGAGGAGGAGAGCUCCAAUGAGCCUCCUGUUGUGGCCCCUGCUGAGCCUCCAGAUGCCAACAAAGCCAGAGAAGAGCCAACACCUAAGGAGGAGGAGUCCACAGCCAAAGAGGCAGAAUCUGGGAACACGGAGAAACACACUGAGCUGCAUUGCCUCAGUGGAAGUUCUCAUGCCAAGGCGGACGGGGAUAGCCAGGCCACGCAGGCUGACUGCCAGCCUUUGAUUGAAACGUCCGAGUCCUCAGAUGCCGAGGCCCAGCCCAAGCACACAGAGGGUCUCCUAGUAUCACAAGUGGACUGUGUGAAUGGAAACGAGUCAAUGGACAGCCUGGACUCGCAGAGCCUCAGGAGGAGCAGUGAGGCUGAGAAAAGGACUCCUCAGAGCACGACUGAAGGCUCUAACAAGCCAGAACAGGAAGAGCACAAAGACAAACACGAGAGCCAUCCAACUCAGGAGCACCCUCCCCAGGAUGGGAGGGCAGUAACAGACAGUGUUGAGGAAGAUCAGGACAAAGAAGGGGGUUCCAAAGUGAGGAAAUACAGGAGGAGCCCGUCAGAGCAGUUGAAGGGAUCUGCUGAAAGGACAGAGGAAGAGCCACAACCCGUCCCUCUGCAUCCUCCAGUAGUGGUAGACCACCAGCAACUUUCGGCGCUACUGGAUAUGGUGGUGAAGAAGAGUGCGGGCUACAGCGUGGAGCAGCUGGAGAGACUGUACUCUCUACUCAGCCAGUGUAUCUACCAGUACCGCAGAGAGUACGACAAGACCCAGCUACUGGAGGAGAUGGAGGAGAGAAUCCAGCAUUUUGAUACAUUCCUGUGAGGUGGAGAAAAUAUACCUAUCAGGUAGAUCCUGAACAGCCUGGGACCACAAAGACAAACACAAACUGAGUGAGAGAGAGCGAAGGAACCUCUGAGUCCGGCCCUCAACACAAAAAGUAAAAAAAAAACAAAAAAACACACACUUACGGAAAAAUCCAGCGCCCUCCUCCUGCUGUGAGGGAGCACAA